UUAUGGACUAUGCUCAAGCAGGCCUUUGUUAUAUUAAUACAUUGGAAAGUCCCUACAGGCAAGCAACUCCUAUAUGCUAAUAAUAUUAAAACUAUAAAGCAUGAAAGGGGCUAAAUGGUGAUCUUCCCCUCCAAGAGUUUGUACGAGCUUCUCCUCCUGCUACGCGUCAAAACAACAACAAGAAGAAGAGUUGGACAUAAACGACUGGCGGGAGGAUGUUUCGUCCUGUUCCUCUAGGGCGGAGUCCUGGCGCCUCCAUCUCCUUCCCGUGCGAUUCCUCAUCUCGUGCUUUCCGGCGAUCUUUCUCGGAUGCAAAUUUUCCGAUUGAUCGCCUAGAUUCUUAGUCGAUUAAUCUCAAGCAUGUUCCAAUCCAAUUUCGUUGGGAAUCGAAGAAACACGUUUCUGACAAGCUUUCGGAGUCAGCCCAGAUCCCUGCAGAGGGAAUCUUUCUGCUGGUGGAUCCCCACAGAACUGGUUUCGGGAAGAUCCCGAAACCGGGAGUGGUGAGAUUACCUCUGUUUUGUCGGAUUCGCGAAGGAUUGCUGGGCGUUGAUCCCUUUCAGGGGACACGCGGCACGAAUCAGGUUCCUGUUCGACAAAACCUAGAGGUCCUUCAUGGCGCUGGAAGCCAGCACAAGGAGGCCGACCAUAGGCGGCUAGGGUUUGUCAACCCUGCUCCUACCAAAGCCCCCUCCCAGUUCGAGUCGAUCGACAGGUUCGUGGGGUACUUCCUGCAACCACAAGCCUCUCAGGUGAUUAACACCCGGGGUGUUACAGAUUGGCAGGGAUCUGGAUCAUAUAAUGCUUCUUCCAAGAAGAAUGAAUCCGCAGGCGGGUCUUCAUCUGGCAAUUGGGAUCGUGCGGCGGGCAAAGCUUCUGAACCUGAUCAGACUGAGAGAGCUUCAGAUAAAGAAAGAUGGUUAUCCAAAGAGGACAAGCAGAAAGGAGCCUUCAUACAUGAAGAAUCUGGUGAGAUACUGAAACAGCAAGAGGGUAAACAAGGAGAAGGAAACAAACCAGUUCAUCUUAAGACACAACCUACUGACAAUCAAUUCAGGCCUGGUUCUACAAAAGCUGCUUGCGCUGUGUGUGGGCUGAAGAAUCAUACUACUGAGGAGUGUAGGAGAAAUAUGUUAUGUGAACUUUGUGGGUUUGCCAACCACACUACUUUAGACUGCAAAAGAGAACCCUUCUAGAAUGUAGGACCUGAAUUGUGUGCUGCUCAGGUCAGUAAUCAAAGCUUCUUCUAUAUUGAUGAGAACAUUGAUCCUAAGACUUCUAGGGAAAAAUCUAGUACUGCUAUCAUCACUGUCAGUAGGGGAGAUCUCACCUCUAAACAACUUGAGAAUGAGUUCAAGUCAGUGGUUAGUAGUGAACAUUGGAAAUGGUCAGCUAGGAAGAUAGCUGACAACAAAUUCACCAUGAGAUUCCCUAAUGCAAAGAUGGUGUUGGAAUAAAGCAAGUUCAACCUGGGUGUUAAGGGUCUUGAUGUACAGUUCUCAGUUGAGCCUUGGACCUCUGCUUCUUCUGCCAAAGGACAGUUACAACAAGCUUGGUUCAAAGUUAGGGGGAUACCAGUGGACCAAAGGGGUUUGAGAACUAUUGCUAAGAUUGGAGGACUUGUUGGUAAAACCAUGGCUAUUGAUGAACAGACUAGAUUCAGCAGAGAUUAUGUGAGAAUCAAAAUUGCUUGCAGAAAUGUGGAGUUAGUACCAUCAUCUGCUGAAGGAACUUUGGGCCUUUACAUCUAUGACUUUUUCUUUGACAGAGAAUAUUCCCAAGAAGAACAACUGGGUGAUCAAACUGCUGCUGGGGAAGUUGACAUUCCUGAUAUUUAUCCUAGCCCCAAAAAACCAAGAACUGAAAGUAUCAACAUUAAUGCUUCUAGUUCUAAAGAUGGAAAUGGCCAGAAUUUGGGCAAUACUACUCUGCAAGGUAAACAGCAAGUCUAUCAUGAGAACAAUCCACAGGCCAAAGAUACAAAAGCUGCUGAUGACUCAUAGAAAUAUGUUUUUGGUACUGUGGGACAUCCUUCCACUAGGCUUUGUGGUUCUGCUCCUGGAAAAUUUUCCUUUACUAAGAAUUUGGCUUCAAAAGGUAUGUCUGUUGAAAAGAACAUGGUAGCUGACUUAGCUGAAGAGGCCAUUCUUGCAGCCACUUAUGUGCCCGAGAAUGAGGAAGAAUACUCAGACAAUAGUGGCAGCAGUGCUGAUUUUGAAGGUCAAGUGAAUCAAAUUAUUGGGGAUAAUGUUGAGUCCUCUACAAGAAGAGAGAAUCUGGGGAUGGCUGAAUGUGAAUACAGUGUUAAUCCAAUGAAGUCACAUAGCUUGUUCACUAUACACUCUGAAGGUACUUCAUCCGGUAAACCCAUGACUACCAUGGUGCCUGGCAACAAUCUGGAGAAUCAGGACAUCAAUCUGAAAGAAUUACUUAACCCUUGUGAGAUGAUGAAAGCUCAGAGAACUGAAAGAAGGACAAGUGAGAGGAUUCAGGAAGACAUCAAGAAGACUAUGGGCAACUCCUCUCAGAAAAGAUCCCUACAAGGGCUUUAUGGUUCAGAGAUACAGGACAAGAUUGUGGAAGGCGCGAAGAUUCUGCUGGCCUGCGCUCACAGGGUGUUAGCACAACAACCUCGCCCGGUAAUCUACCUGCCAGCUCCAACAGAAGACUUAUCUGAUGAAGAAGAAGACGCUUGAUCGAUCAUGUGGUGGUCCUUUUCGUUCACAUCUAGUUUCUGCAGUGCACUUUCUUCCUGGCUGGUUGCCUGACUUUGUAAUAAGUAGUUUAAACUUGUUGCGGUCUGUGGCUUUGCCUAGAGCGGCAGGUGAUCCUCCAGGCGUGCUUGGGUUUUGAAAGUCAAAACCUAAGUAUCGCCUUCACUCUUCAGUUCACCUUGUGUUCUCCGGCUCGUAGUUUUCCUCUUUUCUCUAGCUGUCGUUGUGUCCUAUGUCUGUAAACUCUUGGAAUUUCCGUUCUGGUAAUGGAAAUGGGGUACGCCUCGCUUCGAAAAAAAUGAAAGGGGCUAAAUUACUAAA